AUGCGCUUCCUCGCCAUCUGUCUCGUUCUCUUCAUCCCCUCCGCAUCCUCCGUCGCACGUGUCGCCGCACCGCAUUCCAACCUCACCGGCCGCCCUCCCCCGCCCCCUUUCAUCCCGCCCGCCACCUCCGCCCCACCAAACCCCCGCCAACCGCCCCCUGACUUCCUAUCAUUACACUCCACACUUCACCCAAUCACACCUUCCGCCUCCUACGCAUCCCGCCGCCGCGCCUUCCAGCCCACCCUUCUGGAACACACCGCCGCGCUCCCGCUCUUCUCCAUCCUCACGCACCGCCUCCAACCGGCCCGCACCCCCAAUGCCACCGAUGCGAGCGCCGCGCCCAGGGGGCUGACGUUGGACGCGUGCGCCACCCCGUCCGCGUGCGCCGCCAUGCGCCGCUGCCUGGACAUCUCCUCCUUCCCGUCCUCCACUCUCUGCUCCGCGCACCCCGAGUGCUUCUGCCUCCCGCCGGAGCCGCAGCCGUGCGCGAGCACCGCGCAGUGCGUCCCCGGCGAGGUGUGCGUCAUGCUGCCCGACUUCCCCACCUCCUUCUGCGUUUCCGCCGCCGUCGAGCGCCACGCCCCGGCCUUCACGGAGAUCCCCGCCGACCAUCCGCACGCCCUCCCGGACACCGCCCUCUCCGGCCUCACGUUCGACUAUUGCCAGGAGCAGCGCCACUGCGCCGGCGACAGGGACUGCACAUUCUUCGACGGCAUCGACUCGAUGAGCGAGCCGUGCGAAGGGCGCGACCCGUGCAUUUGCCUCCCGCCUUCGCUGAGAUCUUGUUAUACUGUUCACGACUGCCCCAAGGGGGAGAUCUGUGUCACGUACCCGUCCCGCGAAAUCCAGAACGUCUGCCUGUCUGCAAGCACUGCCACCGCCUUCCCUGACGUUUUUCUGGCGCCGUCCCCGACCCCGGGCACCACCACGGCUAACGCUUCAGGGAGGCUCACAUUGGAGAAAUGCAUGUUGUCCACGGAAUGUGUAGGUACACGAGAAUGCUAUCGAUCGCCUCCUAGCGCUCGCAUUCCUUGUCCAAGCACGCUGUAUCCCAAUUGCAGAUGCUUUCCAAUUCAGUUAGAGUUGUGCUCAGAUUCCGGUCCCUGUGAAACGGGAGAGGUCUGUGCGAUUGAAAGGGACACAAGUGCCUCGAUCUGUGUAUCGCAGAAUGCCAUAGAGAAAGAACCCGACCUUAUUGUUCCUAAGCCGUUGUAG